UUUCAGCUCUGUGUGAAUUUGUCAUACUAUCAAACAGGAGGAGAGAAAGGGUUCUUAAUUGAAUUUUCCCUCACUUGUUAAGGGAAGUCUGUAAACUUUAAAUUUCAUCCAACCAAGAAAAUCUAUUGUCUAGCGACCCUACCUCCUAAAGGCUCUGAAGAUGUUUAAGUGUGCUGCACAACAGUUUCCAAGCCGCCUAUUGGGUUGUGCAAGAUGGCAUGCUGAUUAUCUUGGCCGUUCUACUAUUUGGACUCAUGUUGCACCAUUAUCUCUAACUGGGAACUACUGCAAGAGCUCCGACCACCAUGUGCAGAAAUGUUAUUCACCAAACUUUCACUCCAAAACUAUGCUUCAUAUGUCUUCAAAUAGAAAUAGCAAUUUCGACUUGAUGGAUGAGGCUCAAAAGAGAUACAAGCAUAUGCUCAGUCAAGUUGACUGGAAGGAAGUAAAGAAAGCUCCUCAACCAGCACUUGCAUAUGGCGCUGGAGGAUUAAUCCCUUUUGUUCUUCCACCUCUAGCGAUUCUGCUGAAUGGUGAAUUUUUACCUAAUCUUGCAUUUGUCCAACUAGCAUAUGGGGCCAGUAUUUUGUCAUUCCUCGGAGGUAUAAAAUGGGGCUUUGCGAUUCCCGAAAACACUCCACAGAAGGUGUCCUGGGAGAACUUGGGUCAAAGUAUCUCUCUCUCUCUAGUUGGCUUUGGAAGCCUAAUUCUUCCACCAUGGAUGGGAACCAUAACUCUUAUUGGAGGAUUGGGAGCCUCAGCGUAUAUCGACAUCACCACACCAGGGUAUCCUCAGUGGUUUAAAGCUAUGCGACUCUGCCUUUCAGGUGUUGCAAUUGGAAGCCUUGGCUUUGGAUUAUUGUUACGAAUUUUGUAUUGAUGUUUUUGUUGAACAGGUGAAACCAAUGUGAUAGUUAUAAUAACUAAGAUUAAUCCCAAUAUUUGUGCUUAUGUUUCAAAUAAAUUUAUUUUAAAUUAAAUUCACAGUAAAUUCUC